AUGAUGGUACGUUCUGCAUUAAAGAAAGCUAAGGAGCAAAAUAAAUCAUGGGAGAGUUCGUUUGAUGAAACGUUGUUAUCUUUGAGAAAAGUUAUCAGAGAAUCUGAGAUGUUCAAAAGAAUAGAAGCGGACUUGCUUCCUCAUAUUGAUGAGCUUGGAGGUAUAAGGUGCCUUGCUAUUGGAAGUUUUUCCGAGGAUCAGCCAGCCAGAUAUCAAUUAGCACUCCUGAUAGAAAUUUUGAACUUCCUAGAAUUAGAGAAAAAUACGCCGCUCAUCGUUUCGAUCUAUGAUCCACUUUUCAGUGAAAACGAUUUAAAAUUCAUUGAAGGAAUGGGAUGUAACUGGAAGGUUGAAGGGAGCUUAGAAGACAAGUCAGAAUAUUCUAAAAAUGCAUUGUUUCUUCUGCCGCAUGCACCACUUGACUUGACAGAAGAGGUUUUAAAAACCGAACGGCCCAGAUAUUUUUUGGCUAAUCACAUUGUGACACACACUGAUAGAUAUACAAAAAGUCAGCUUUUUGAAAAAUACCCUGUAUUAUGUAAGCUCGUUCACUUACUAGAUCAAAAUAGCAAGCCUUCAGAGAAGAAGGUAACAAAUUCAUCCUCACAAACUAACAACAAUUUCACAACUGUAACGUCAAAAAAGAAGAGAAGGAAAAGUAAAUACGUAUUACAAGAGCCAAAUAUUGAUUAUGACAGCAUUGAGUGUCCAUACGGUAAUUGCCAUAUUGUCUGUGAUUUUGAAGCGGGGUCUCUUCUAAAAGAUAAGCCAUGGGUCAACGCCUUUUCUGAUUUGACCCUGCACUUGUUCGAUAUAGUAUAA